AACGGAGUGAAGCACCAAACUGUAAAAGUGCCUGAGACCCUUCACGUCACACCAUGAUCUCUUUUCUGCUAUUAACACUGAUUUGCGCGGCCUCGGCCAGCCGCGUGCCUCGCACCUGCGGCACCUGCGAGUUGAGCGCGUGCGAGCCUCUGCCGGCCGAGGGCUGCGCGUACGGGACGCUGAUGGACGCGUGCGGCUGCUGCGCGUUCUGCGCGUCUGGGGCUGGAGAGCCGUGCGGGGUGCGCGGAGUCGCAGCCAAGCGUUGUGCGCCUGGGCUCGAGUGCGUCAGAGACAAGAAGAGUAAAUCAGGUGUUUGCGCGUGUAAGAGCGACUAUCCUGUGUGCGGAUCUGAUGGUGUGAAUUAUAAGACCGGCUGUGAUUUAAAAGCAGCGAGUCUGAAAGCUGUGAGUGAGAAAAAACCCGAGAUUAAGAUCCAGAACAAAGGCAAAUGCACCCAAGCCCCUGUUAUUGUGACAGCACCAGCUGAGGUCUGGAACGUGACUGCAUCACAAGUCUUCCUGAGCUGUGAAGCCACUGGGAUCCCCACCCCGGUGCUCACCUGGAGAAAGAUUUCUGAUGGGAAAAUUGUACCUCUCCCUGGAGACAGAGAAAACCUGGCGGUUCAAACCCGUGGAGGCCCGGAGAAGCAUGAGGUCACUGGUUGGGUCCUAAUAUCUCCUCUUACAAAGAAUGAGGCUGGUUCCUACGAGUGUCACGCCAGUAAUAUUAAAGGUGAAGCUUCGGCUGUAGGCACCAUCCAUGUGGUGGACUCCAUCAAUGACAUUCCCGCUAAGAAGGUGGUGAAUGACGAGGAACUGUAAGGGGACUUCAUGACCUCUGAUGGGAGUCCUGCUGUAUCAGGAAAACCACAUCUUCCUAUUGUUCACCUACACGCGGAGCAUUUGGACAAGCACUGCACACUGCCUGAAGCACACAUGCAGCACUUUUUUCUAUAGAUGUUAUUCAGGCACACUCACGAAAGCCAUUUACGUCCAUUCAUUUUCUUUACCUCGCUCUGCAAUCUGUCUGCCUGCAGAACAACUUCGAUAUUGUAAAGCACUAAGAUCAGAUUGGGCUCAGAUAUGCACACACAAAUCCAUGUGAACAUUCAGGCACGCAGACUCUACGUGGCUUAUGCUAUCUCUCACAAAUCCAUUCACACUCGCAUGCAAUCGAGGCACUUGGGUAUAUCAUCUCUACUUAUCACUUACAUCCUUUGAUUCUCUUUGCAAUUAUUUUUAAAGAUAAGCGUUUUUGUUUAAUACAAGUAUCGUGCUCAAUUUUAAGAUAUUGUCUGACAGUCAACGUCUAUGGUGCUGAAUAACAUUUUGAUUGUCGACUGUUUUUGUGCACAAUUUUUAGAAAUGGUUUGCCAACAGGGCUCAAUAAAGCUUAAACCAACAAAAGAAAACAUAUACAGCUGCCUAAUCCUUCAGCAUAACAUUGUAAUGCAAUUAAGCUAUUUGUUCAUUACUGUCAUAGUAUUAAAUGUUGUCCUAUAAAAGUGAGUAUGUAUCUACUGCUUUUGUGUAUCUCUAAUGAAUAAAGAUAUACUUUACAAGA